AUGGUCUUUUCACCGCCGGCUUGGGUACCCAAGCUUCCCUUCGACCCUCCGGACUCCAUUCCCAUUGGAGAAUUCUGGGGCAAUGAGAAAUAUGGCCGACAGGCUUGGGAGAAAUCCCGGACGCCCUUUACUUGCGGUGUGUCAGGAAAAUCAUACAGCAGCUCCGAGAUGAAGCAAAGAUCUGAACUACUCGCCCGAUCCCUCUCCAAGCGGAUGGGAUGGCGGCCAAACGAGGAUACGCACUGGGACAAGGUUGUUGGUAUAUUCUCAUUCAACUCGAUUGACUAUAUCAUGUCGACAUUUGCAAUCCACCGCCUGUCCGGCAUUGCAACACCUGCAAACGCCAUGUACUCGGCUUCAGAGUUGGAAUAUCAGCUUAAAGCGUCAGGUGCCAAGGCCUUGAUCACUUGUGUUCCACUUUUGGAAACUGCACUAAAGGCUGCAAAGUCAGUGGGAAUCCCAGAAGACAAGGUCUUUCUCAUGGAUGGUGCUUGGGAAAAGCCAAAGCAGAAGAUUCCUUUCAAAACUUUGGAUGAAAUGAUCCAGGAAGGAGAAUCGCUACCCGCGGCUGAACCCUUGCUGUGGUCCAAAGGACAGGGUGCAAGACAGGCUGCGUAUUUGUGCUUCUCUAGUGGCACAUCAGGUCUUCCGAAAGCCGUCAUGAUCUCACAUCGCAACGUGAUCGCAAACAUGAUGCAGGUUCGAUGGUUCGAGUCAGUCGGCCGUGAAGCGAAAGGUAUAGAGACUCAGAUCGCACUUGGGUUACUGCCCAUCAGCCACAUCUACGGGCUAGUGGUUGUGACUCUAUCGGCCAUCUACCGUGGCGAUGCUGUCAUUAUUCUCCCUCGAUUCGAGCUGAAACGACUACUGGAAACCAUUGAACGGUUCAAGGUCAGCUUCUUGUAUCUGGUCCCGCCAAUCAUUAUCCAGAUGCUGCGGAACCAGGAACUCUGCGCCAAGUACGACUUGUCUUCGGCACGCUUCAUCUACACCGGCGCGGCGCCCCUAGGAGCCGAGACGCAUGAAGACGUUGUCAAGGCGUUUCCGCAACUCAACAUUGGCCAGGCAUACGGCAUGACCGAGACCAGCACCGUUAAUUUUAGCACCAGCGAGCACGACGUCGUGGUCGGGACCUCGGGCUCGCUUCUGCCGGGCGUCCGUGCCAAGGUCCUGGACGAGGAAGGCAACGAGAUUACCGAGUACGGCAAGCGCGGCGAGCUCUACAUUCAGAGCUGGAGCGUGACGUUGGGCUAUCUCAACAAUGAGAGGGCCACUGCGGACGCCUAUGUGUACGACGAUAACGGCAGAUGGCUGAGGACGGGCGACGUGGCGGUCGUCACCAAGAAUGACAAGGGUGUUGAGCACUUUUCCGUUGUGGAUCGUAUCAAGGAGUUGAUCAAGACCAAGGGUCACCAAGUGGCUCCAGCUGAGCUCGAGGCGCAUCUGCUCUCACACCCUGCAGUCAAUGACUGUACCGUCAUUCCUGUCCCAGAUGAAGACGCUGGAGAAGUGCCAAAGGCAUUUGUUGUAAAGGCAGUGGCCUAUAAGGACAAAUCCGACGAAGAAACGGCCAGAGAAAUCUGCAAACAUGUCGAAGACCACAAGUCGAGAUACAAGUGGCUCAAGGGAGGAGUAGAGUUCAUCGAUGUGGUGCCCAAGAGUCCUAGUGGGAAGAUCCUACGGCGGCUGUUGAAGGACAAGGAGAGAGAGGCCCGGAGGAAGGCAGGUUCCAAGUUGUAA